CCUCGACAUCACGCCGGAGUCGCGACAGUCGCGACGGGCACCUUCAACACCCUGCGAACGUCAGCUUGCACUUCGUGUCUCGGCGAUCCGACGCUUGUAUCACUGGCACGGGGCACUCAUGCAGGAUACUCUCGAACAUUCGCUUUCAGGAUCGCGGAACACCGAGAACGCGGCAGACCACAUGUCUGUUGAACAGGAGGCGACACGCGACGAACAGUUCUGGUUCAGGGAUGGCAACGUCGUCCUACAAGCCGGCGGUGUAGCGUUUCGCGUCUACCAAGGCACUCUGUCCCAAAACUCCGAAGUGUUCGACGGACUAUUCUCUGUCCCGCAGCCCGUGAUCGCGGAUACAUUCGAUGGGUGUCCAGUCAUUCAACUCGAAGACAGGCCAGACGACUUGCGGCAUCUUCUUCGUGCUUUAUUCGUCGGUCAAAGGUUUUAUCGGCAUGACGAGCAAUUGCCAUUCACCGUUGUCGCGUCUAUCGUCCGCCUCGCGCACAAGUAUGGCAUGGAGCACUUGCGGGACGACGCGCUCGAACGCAUGAAGUCCUGCUUCAGCGAUGACCUCGAUGUCUGGUCGGAAGCCGACGUUGGCAUGGGCAGUGCCUCCAUGUCGUACGUCGACACAGACGCCAUCGCCGCCGUCAGCAUCGCGCGACUUACGGACACGUAUUCGAUGUUGCCUUCCGCCCUAUAUACGUGUUGCCAACUCGAUACUGAGGAGAUAGUGAACGGCGUCACGCGGGAAGACGGCACAACCGAGCGGCUAACGCAGGAAGACAUGCUAAGGUGUCUCAACGCACGGAGAACCCUCCUCCAUGACAACAUCGUCUCCGCAUACACCCUCUUUACGACUACCCCGCACGGGUGCACGAGGCACUCCGACUGCGAGUUGAUGCGGAGGAACCUUGCCGACACUCAUAUAACCUUCGACACCGACGGAGUAGAGGACUACGCAUACCUCGCGGACUGGGACCCUUACUUUCGCAACAAGGAGUUGUCAGGUAGCUACCAUUCCCUCUGCCCUAACUGCCAGGCAGCCAUACUGGAGCACGCGCGCGAGUUACGCUUAGCAGCAUGGACUUCGCUCUCGAAGACCUUGAACUUGAUUGCUUAAUCGUUCUAGUUCGCGAUCCAGCUCGUAGAAGUGCGUCUCCAUAAUGGUCCUGAGACGCCCAGGACACCACGACAUACAUGGGUAGCACUGUGCUGGUCGAGAAUGAGAUGUAACUUACCUAUUGUACGCCGACCGCGACCCAACGACCUCUUGCGGCUGAACCAUUCUCAGCCGUGUCGUGUGCAACCAUAGACGUUGUAGUGCAG